AUGGUCGUGACUGGAGCCAAGUCGGAAGACGCUUCAUGCUUUGCGUCGCGUAAAUACGCGUGUAUAGUGCAAAAGUUUGGUUUCGAUGCGAAGUCCUCCGAUUUCAAGAUACAGAACAAGCUCAAGCUCAUUACAACCAACUCAGCAUACAUACAUACACUACAGUACAUUUACAUUGAUUCACAAUACAUGCUGAUUUGA